GCGGGACGCGCCCCGCCGCUCCCGGGCUCUCAGUGCUGGUGGAGACACUGGGUUUGGGGUAACUCGGAGCUGGGGCAGCGUCUGUCCCUUCCUGCGUCCCGUAGGGCACACACAGCUCCAGAGGGGCUGGGGGAUGGCAGAACCCCCUGCCUGUGGGGUGCUGUCACCUGACACUGAGGGGACAGAGAGCUUCUUUUAGGGAUCCUCGGCAAAGUGAUGAUGGUACCAAGUUCUCAUUACAAUUAAAGCUUUAUUUUCUUAACAGGAUUCAAUUAUUAGCAUAGCAUAGGAUUUAUAAUCGGAGUAGGUCUCUGUAAGCAGAAUCAGUGUAGUACAAUUCUAUUAGUAGCAUAGUACAGAACUCUAUAGCACUACUUAGCUUAUGGUUUGUAAUCACCUGGACUCUUUGCAGAUUAGUUUAUAUCUUAAUACAUACUUUUCUGUAUCAGUGUAGUAAUCAUAAUCUAGACCCAAAAAUCAUAUAUAUGCAUAUAUUAAUAAUACAAGUCACUCAAUCCUUGGAGGAAGCAGAUGACAGUGGGGGCAUCCCUGGCUACUGGCGGGUCCUGGGUCUCACUGUCCAGCAGCAGUUCCAAUCCAAGUUCCCACUUAGGACUUAUAACUCCUUGAUUUUGUGGACAGCGCUCUGGGUGCUGUGACACUUCCCUGUUCUGUGACAGGGUCAUCACCGCCAUCAGGUUGGCCGGGUACUGGCACAAAAGGGAGUAAUCAGCCUGGCACCUAGGAAUCUUGAGGCCAGUAGAGGGGAAAAGAAGAAAUCUGUUUGGUUUGUCUACUUGGUUCACGGAAGCUUCAGGGCCUGAUAAUGAAAGUGAUCUGCUCGGUCACAGAGAAUGGCUGCUUGCCAUUUAAAACGGUGUUAGUUAUGCUAACCACAUUACCAAGGGUUGGAAGUAGGGUGUGCCGGUCACAGGUGCGAGGGGUACUAAAUGCGUUUUUGCCUGUCUCUGUGUUAUUCUGCCCUGCCCUGCCCACCCUUGUGCAGCCUGAGGGCAGGCUGAGUUUCUGCUCUGUGUUGGGACAGACCCUUCUCUGGGUGUCGAAUGAAGUAAGAAAGGAGCUUGGAUGGAGUCAAGUCUUCCUAUCCCAGCUGUGCUUUACCUGGGCAGAGUGUGUUUUCCUGCAGCAGAGAACCAGCUUGCUGAUGACUAGGGGUAGGAGGGUUUUCCUUUGGUGGUGGAGAGGGGCUUGGCUGGGGAGCUGUGGGAUGCCAGUGGGACAGAAUCCUCUCCAUCCUUCAUCAGAGAGAAGGAGUCUCCAGGCUGUUCUCCUUGACUGUAGCUUUCACGUCUAUAACCUGCAUCAGAAGAAUGGCUUCACUUGCAUGCUCAUUGGAGAGAUCUUUGAGCUCAUGCAGUUCAUCUUUGUGGUGGCAUUCACCACCUUUCUUAUCAGCUGCGUUGAUUAUGAUAUCCUGUUUGCCAACAAAGCGGUAAAUCACAGCCAGCAUCCCAGUGAGCCCAUUAAGGUGACUCUGCCAGAUGCCUUCCUGCCUCCAAAUGUCUGUAGUGCAAGAAUCCAAGCAAACAGCUUCCUCAUCUGCAUCCUGGUGAUAGCUGGGGUUUUCUGGAUCCACCGACUUGUCAAAUUUAUCUACAACAUAUGCUGCUAUUGGGAGAUUCACUCUUUCUACAUCAAUGCCCUCAAAAUCCCUAUGUCCACUCUGCCAUACUACACCUGGCAGGAGGUGCAGGCUCGCAUCGUGCAGAUCCAGAAGGAGCAUCAGAUCUGCAUCCACAAGAAGGAGCUGACAGAGCUGGACAUCUACCACCGCAUCCUUCGCUUCAAGAACUACAUGGUGGCCAUGGUGAACAAAUCACUGCUACCCAUCCGCUUCCGCCUGCCCCUGCUGGGAGACACUGUCUUCUACACGCGUGGGCUCAAGUACAACUUUGAGCUCAUCUUCUUUUGGGGGCCUGGCUCCCUCUUUGAGAAUGAGUGGAGCCUGAAGGCCGAGUACAAGCGGGCCGGGAACCGCCUGGAGCUGGCUGAGAAGCUCAGCACUCGCAUUCUCUGGAUUGGCAUUGCUAACUUCCUCCUCUGCCCCCUCAUCCUCAUCUGGCAGAUCCUCUACGCCUUCUUCAGCUACACGGAGAUCUUGAAGCGGGAGCCCGGCAGCCUGGGUGCCCGCUGCUGGUCUCUCUAUGGCCGCUGUUACCUCCGUCACUUCAACGAGCUGGACCAUGAACUGCACUCACGCCUCAGCAAAGGAUACAAGCCAGCUUCCAAGUAUAUGAACUGCUUUAUCUCCCCGCUGCUCACCAUCGUGGCCAAGAAUGUCGCCUUCUUUGCUGGCUCCAUCCUGGCUGUGCUGAUUGCUCUCACCAUCUAUGAUGAGGAUGUGCUGGCGGUUGAGCAUGUCCUGACCACAGUCACCCUCCUCGGGGUGGGCAUCACGGUGUGCAGGUCUUUCAUCCCUGACCAGCACCUGGUGUUCUGCCCAGAGCAGCUGCUGCGAGUCAUCCUGGCACACAUCCACUACAUGCCUGACCACUGGCAGGGCAAUGCCCACCGCUAUGAAACCAGGGACGAGUUUGCCCAGCUCUUCCAGUACAAAGCGGUCUUUAUCCUGGAGGAGCUCCUCAGUCCCAUCAUUACCCCCUUGAUCCUCAUCGUCUGCCUGCGGCCCAAGUCCUUGGACAUUGUUGACUUCUUCCGCAACUUCACUGUGGAGGUGGUGGGCGUGGGUGACACCUGCUCCUUUGCCCAGAUGGAUGUGCGCCAGCAUGGCCACCCGGCGUGGAUGUCAGCAGGAAAGACGGAGGCCUCCAUUUACCAGCAGGCUGAGGAUGGCAAGACGGAACUGUCCCUCAUGCACUUUGCCAUCACCAACCCCAAAUGGCAGCCACCCCGCGAGAGCACGGCCUUCAUCGGCUUCCUGAAGGAGCGGGUGCACCGGGACAGCAGCGUGGCACUGGCUCAGCAAGCUGUGCUCCCUGAAAAUGCCCUCUUCAGCUCCAUCCAGUCCCUACAGUCGGAGUCGGAGCCUCACAGCCUGAUUGCCAAUGUGAUAGUGGGCUCCUCGGUACUGGGCUUUCACAUGGGCCGGGAUGGACAGGCCUCCCGCCAUCUCUCCGAGGUGGCCUCUGCCCUGCGUUCCUUCUCACCACUGCAGUCUGCCCAGCAGCCUCCCAGCGGCUUCCAGACAGCGGGAAGGGAUGGAGAGGGAGCCCAGCCUCGCAGUGCCAGUGCCAUGACAGCCUCCGGUGCUGAUGCGAGGACCGUGAGCUCCGGGAGCAGCGCCUGGGAGGGUCAGCUGCAGAGCAUGAUCCUGUCGGAGUACGCUUCCACCGAGAUGAGUCUUCACGCACUCUACAUGCAUGAGUUGCACAAGCAGCACGCCCAGCUGGAGCCUGAGCGGCACACUUGGCACCGGCGAGAGAGUGAUGAGAGCGGGGAGAGCGCCCACGAGGAGCUGGAUGCUCAACGAGGUGCCCCUGUCCCCAUCCCUCGCUCUGCCAGCUACCCCUUCUCCUCACCACGGCAGCCUGCCGAGGAGACGGCCACGCUGCAGACUGGCUUCCAGCGGCGAUACGGUGGGAUCACAGACCCGGGCACAGUACACAGAGCUCCAUCACACUUCUCCCGCCUCCCUCUGGGAGGCUGGGCUGAGGAUGGGCAGUCGGCCAGACACCCAGAGCCUGUGCCAGAGGAGAGCUCAGAGGAUGAGCUUCCACCACAGAUCCACAAGGUAUAGCCUUGUAGACUGGGGAUCUCAUGGGAGCUGCAGGCUGGGAGCCUCCUCGGCAGCAGGAUGUGGCGUCAGCCUGAUUCUUCUCCCAUCCUGAGUGGACAGGAUAGUCCUGGGCUCCAUUUUGUUGCCAUCAAUUGCCGAAGAGACAAAACAGCCAAACUGGCAGAUUUGUGGUGGCACAUUGUGUCCAGCCGUGUGUCAAGUCAACGCCACUCUGACUUUUGUGGGGUGAAUGCGUGUGUGAGUACCUACAUGUGUCUGUGUUCACGUCUGUGUUGUCCAUGUCAGAGGAUCACUGCAGAGUCUGUGAAAGCUGACGUGACAGGACUAGCGGUGGGAAGCUGUGGACUGGCUUGGAGGUGGCGGCAGCAGCUGCUGUCGGAAGGGAUGUGAGAUGGCGCCAGCUCCAGAUGUCCGCCCAGGGCUGCAACCUGCCUCCAAAACGAAGGCAGGAGCUGUUGAGGGGGCUCUAGCUCAGCUUGUAGCACCACACCUGCCCUGCCUGUAGCCCUGAGGAGGUACUCGGGACCGUGUUCGCCCUCCUGGGGAGGACCAGUGUUGUGCCCCUCAGGCCGGAGCCGGACAGCAGUGGGGCAGUCAUCCACCCCUCUGCCCCAGCACCCUGCAGAGGGAUGGGCCCCGGUGCUGCUAUUGUGAGUAAGGGUGGGAUCUAGAGCUGGUGGGGACAGCUCUGGCUGGGAUCCGGGGAUGCUUGCAGCUCUUCCCUGACUCUGAUGACAUCUGGCCCGUCCCCUGUGCACAAGAAAGGGUCAGUGGGGUGAAAGUCCUGGGUCCCUGACAUCCCUCCCAGCUGGCAGCCUCCAGGAUGUGCCUCUGGGCUAGGGCAGCGGCAUUCUCCCCCCUGCAUGGCGCCCAUGGGAUGUGGGCUGCUAGUAGGCCCUCCUGCAGUGCCAAAGAGACCCCAGCGCGUGGUAGCCUGGUGUCUCCCAGGAGUGCUCGCAGCCCCCUUGGAGCCCACCCUGAAGGUCUUGUGCCCUGUGUAUUGGUUCCCUUCCUGCAGGCAUGAUAAAGGCCUUUCCCCCAUGCCCAGGCUGUGGUGCAUUGGGUCUGUCCUGCUGAUGCAGCCAUUUCUGGGGUAUUGAGCCUUUCCUCUUCCCCAAGCAAAGGCUUCAGUGUCUCACAUCUCCAUUGGAGGCUUCCAGCUCCUCCUUCUCUCCUGGAAGGACCCUUUUGCUUGCUGCCAGCUUGUGCUAGCGGGGCAGGGAGGGUGCCCUGAACCCAGAAGGGAGAGGCAAACCCAAGCGUGGCCUUGGGGUGGUGAGGGGGGGAUCAGGAUCGCAGCUGGGCAGCAUGGCCUCAGACAAGACCUUUCCACCAUUGUUCUGGUUUCGCUCUCUUCCAGCGGCAGCUUGCGAGGAUCUGCGCCCCAGCUAACCCCGUGCUGGGCUUUGCUUUCCCCUCCCUCCCUGCCCUUGCCUCUAGCUUGCUUUUGCCGUGCCCUUGGGGAGCACCGCCACCCCUUCUCUAUCGUCGCUGGAGUCCAGGGCUGCCUCUCUUUCCCUGCCAGGAUUAUUGCCCGCUGCCCUUUGAGACACCUGCUCCCAGGGUACAUGCACCCGGGCAGCCAGGGCAUGAGCAGGGCUUAGGUGCUCACACAGGGGCAGGCUCUUUGGGGGUGGCCAGGCUCCCUGCUGCAACGGAGAAGGGACCAGAGCUGUGACUGUUCUGGGGUCUAUAAGAAACCGCAGUGUGCUAAAGCAGAGCUCAGCAUGGGGAUCAGCUCCUCACUGCUGGGGUCAGGACUGAGCCAGGCAGGGGGGCCGUGGACCUGGGUGCUGCUGGGGUCCUCCCGUGGAGGAGUGGCUGCAACAGCCCCCACGGCAGCUCCAGCUUGGGGCUGCUAUGGCGUGGUGAAAGGAAACUGGAAAAUCUCCUGGGAACCCAAGCUCUCCGGUGGCUUCCCCUGCCAUCCAGGCUGCCGCCCUGCACAGAGGUGAGCCUCGCCAGGGCGGUGGGAUGGGACGCUGCGCCUGGGCUUCCCGGCGGAGUUGCUGCUGCUCCGAAAACGGAACAGCCGAAGGCUGGCAGCGGCCUGGGGCACUGCGAGAAGUCUGGGCCUUUCCCUGGGCUGGCAGGAGGGAGAGGCUGGGCAGGAGCUGCCCGGAGUCCUUGCCGCAUGUUGUGCUUGUGUCGUCGGUGUCCCAUGUGCAUGGCGAGCCACUCUUCCUCAUCUCCCGGGGCAUGUGGGCACAGGGGUCCCUGGGGAGCGCAGUGUCGCGCCCCCCCGUGCCCUCGCUGUACAGCUGUAUAGCCAUCUAAUAAAGAUGGGGUGUAUCAUC